AUGACUAAAUCGAAUUCGUCAUCAGUUGGCAGACUCCUUUCUCUGAUUUCCAUAGUACUUCUACUUGGGCAGCUGGUGGUGGGUAGCUUGGCAACAAAACAACACACAGGUAUGCAUGUAGGUGCUCCAAUUGGUGUAUGUAAUGGAAUGGUUGGCGAUGACCUACCACCCCAAGCAGAAGUUGUUGCCCUCUACAAGACAAAUAACAUCCCAAGAAUGCGACUUUAUGAUCCAAACCCAGCCGCUCUAGAAGCCCUUCGAGGCUCCAAUAUCAAGCUCUUGCUAGGCGUACCAAAUGAAAACCUUCAAUACAUUGCCUUAAGCCAAGCCAACGCAAAUGCAUGGGUCCAAAACAAUGUGAGAAACUAUGCCAAUGUGAAAUUCAAGUACAUUGCGGUAGGAAAUGAAGUCAAGCCUUCAGACUCCUUUGCACAGUUUCUCGUCCCAGCCAUGCGAAAUAUUCAAGAGGCAAUUUCUCUUGCUGGUCUUGCAAAGAAAAUUAAAGUUUCGACAGCCAUCGACACCGGAGUACUUGGAGAGACCUUUCCUCCUUCGAUAGGCUCAUUCAAGUCUGAAUAUAACGCCCUUUUAUAUCCCAUCAUCCGCUUCCUAGUGAGCCACCAAUCGCCAUUGCUUGUUAACUUGUACCCUUAUUUUGCUUACAGUGGCAACACUCAAGACAUUCGUCUUGACUAUGCUCUUUUCACAGCUCCAUCAGUUGUGGUACAAGAUGGGAACUUUGGUUACCGAAAUCUUUUCGAUGCCAUGUUAGAUGGUGUUUAUGCUGCUCUUGAGAAGGCUGGUGGAGGGUCUUUGAAAGUUGUUAUAUCAGAGACUGGUUGGCCAUCAGCUGCUGGAACAGCCACAACAAUUGAUAAUGCAAGGACUUUUAUAUCAAAUUUGAUUCAACAUGUGAAGGAAGGGACUCCAAGGAGGCCAGGAAGGCCCAUAGAAACUUACAUCUUUGCCAUGUUUGAUGAGAAUAGAAAGACCCCAGAGCUUGAGAAACAUUGGGGGCUCUUCUCCCCAACAAAACAGCCUAAAUACCAAAUCAGUUUCAAUUGAUUAGCACUAAAAGGGAUGUUGUGGUUGCCAAU